ACUCUGCAGCGGCUCGCGCCGCCACCGCCAGGGCGCAGCAGCGUCGCCGGCGGCGCCUGGGAGCGGCACCGGGUCGCCAGUAGGUGCCGGCCGUCGAAGCCACGCUGACGCAGCCGCCAGAGCUCCGCGUCGCGACGCCCGUCUGGGAGGAGCUGCCGACCUCUGCUGGCCCAGGCAGCGCGCUCAUAAGCCUGCGUCGCGGGUGGCCGCCGCGUCAGGGGCCACAGCCCGCCGGGAGUCGGCGGUCAGCCUCCAGUUCUACCUAUUACUUCCGGAAAUCGGAUCUGUCACUGCGGCGGCGACACGCACUCUAAGUGAUCUGAGUGUGGCGAGACUGUGUAAAAUGUUAGUCUGACGCCAAGUGACGACAUACAUGCAUUUGUGUCCCACGUGUCACGCCUCUGGAUUACUUCUACAAAGUGUUCUGGUCAUUUUUUGAGGCAAAUGUGUGUGACGCGAUUAUGAAGUGUAAAGGACGUAACAUUGUUUCUCGCAGCAUUUCAAAUAUAUGUAUCUAUUGAGAACAUAGCUGUCAGCUUGACUGGAACAGUAUUUCUAGUCGCGUAGAGUGAAACACGCCCAGCUUCGGGUAAACACGAAGGGUAGAACUUUGCUAUCGUUUUGACGUAUCGUCACCGACCUCUCUUCAAAUACUGAUGGAUUAAUUUCAACGAAUCAACGGAAGAAAACUUAAAACUGUCCUCUCUGGCAGCUGUACACUGAUGUGAUGCUGAUAUAGUGUAUCCUUCAAUUAAAUUAUCUGCUGGUAAAUUUCUUAGGCGAUAUCGUGUAGUUUAAGUGCUUGCCGGGACAUCUGAGAACCUAGAUAAUAGUGUACCAAAUAAGGAACGUGCCUGGUAAUUAAGUUUAAAGCGUAAUCAGGCAGACUUUUGAGACACACAUUUGUCAAAAACUCUUCUGAAAAAAUAGAUCUGAAAAGUCUCGAUUUACUUUAACGACGUGAGGCUGACUCGUCACCAGGACCGCCUCCGACUUUUGAACACUCGUCGAUAUCAGCGAGGAUUUCUCUACGUGGUGGCAAACUGAGAGCCCAUAACGGAAGAUUGAAGGAGGUUACUGUGCCACCGGUUUGUUGUGUGUGACGGACUGCGCUGUGAGGAUGUAGUGGGAUAUCGACACCGGCGAAGAUAGCCUUGCUGCCGGCUGCAGCCCGAGUCCGAGGAGAUGCUGCUCAGAACGUUGGGAGCGCGCCUGCCGUGGUCCGUGUGCUGGGCCCUCGUCUGCCUACACAUCUACAAAGUUGGCAGUGAAGAAGAUGUUUCGAGCACAAGAUUAAUACCUGAGAGCACAGUGGCUACUUCAACGGUUCUGGCGCCGGCGCACCAACACGGGCUGUACACGGGCCCUUUCUUCGACACGAGCAUGCCUACCAACAUAACGGCGCAACUAGGCACACAUGCCUACCUGCCGUGCCGUAUCAAGCAGCUCGGAAACAAAUCGGUGUCGUGGAUCCGGCGCCGAGACGCGCACAUCCUGACGGUGGACCGGUACACGUUCAUCGCGGACGAGCGCUUCCAGGCGUUCCUGGUGGAGGCGACGAGCACGUGGACGCUGCAGGUCAAGUACGUGCAGGCGCGCGACGCCGGCGAGUACGAGUGCCAGGUCAGCGCCGCGCCCAAGAUGAGUCACUUCGUCACACUGCACGUCGUCGUGCCGCGCGUGCAGAUCCUGGGCGGCCCCGAGCUGUACGUGAAGGCGGGCAGCACGGUGGCGCUGCGCUGCGAGAUCUCGCGCGCCCUCGAGGAGCCGGCCUACAUCCUGUGGUUCCACGAGUCGCGGCGCGUGCUCGCCUACCAGGACAUGCACGUGGAGCGCGUCGCGCCCGACGCCACCGUCGGCUCGCUGCUCAUCCGCCGCGCCACGCGCCGCCUGCACUCGGGCAACUACUCGUGCCGGCCCAGCAACCUCGACCCCGCCUUCGUCUUCCUGCACGUCCUCGAUGGUGAGCACCCGGCGGCGAUGCAGCGCGACAAGAACUCCGCCGGCGGCGUGCAGCCCCCGCUCGGCCUCCAGCGUGCCGUGGGGCAGGCUCUGCUGCUGGGGGCGUUGGCGACCGCCCUCGCCGCUCCUGCUCUGCCGUGAGGCGGCUGCGACGCCCGGAGGCGGCGAAUUGACCCACCGAAGGACGCCAACACCUGCUCGGCAUCGUGACGUCAGUACGAAGACGUACUGCCUUGCCCGCACCUCGCGGACGAAACCGAGACUGGAAUAGGCCGGUGUUUCGACCAAAGGUGCUCUCACUUUCGUCCUAUCGUCAACACUCUUCCUACUCUCAGCGGAUAUUUUCCGACAGCAGAAUGCUGGCGCAUCUGUAGGUCAGCUGCCGUAAACGUGAAACUGUCCGAUACCUGCGGAGCUUGCUGUUUUUGUUCCUUACAUCGUUCGGUGACGAUAGUCGAAUGCAACGAAAUUUUUUAGAUACCGGUAUCGUAACACAAUACCGCCUCCGGGACUAGAGGAGCCGACGUGCAGUAUUUAAAAAGAAUCUGCGGAGGUAUUCUAUAAGCCGACGUCGUAUUUUAUUAUGGCUUCCGAUGCCAUACGACGUUCAAGCUUAAGUCACGUUUCGGCAUUGCAGUUGCAACUGUAACUUAUCGCAGUUACCUUUGCUAAUGUCUCGAACGUGUAGCUUAAUAUUUAUUCGUAGAGGAGUGGUGUCAAAUUUUUUGCAAAGUUGGAGGCACUCCCUGCUGUGACUACGAGAUGCUACCAUUGAGCAGUAUCAAAGACGUGAUUUGAUGAUGGACGAAAUCGAUCAAUAAGCUAUAUUCUGAACUGCAGGACUGCUUAAUGGAUCACUACUGACGGGCUUAAGCAUACGAAAUUCACAACAACAGAGGUUAAACUGCAUUUUUCAUCAACAAAGUUUCUCCAUUAUUUAGAAUAUUCACCGACUUCUCUUUAUUAAAGGAGUAACCUCAAACAUCGAACAUCCCGUUUCCUAUAAGCACCUUUUCUUCACUCAUGACAUGUCACUGAAAAGGUACAUCUUUCCAUUAGAGAAUCAGAAGAAAGUAUCCCAUAUCUUACUGAGUGAGUAAAACAAGAGAACUAAUCAUUUAAUACGUACAUCCAAAAAUUAUUCUCUCAGUAUCAUGAAUCACAGAGAAUUAUUAAGAAUCCACUGAUUAAUUUUACGGUACAUUAUUUCUUUCCGUAAGGAUCGCAUUUCAAAACUUAAAUCGAUUUUACACCUGCUCGUAAAUUUUGCUCACUUUUUACUUCCCUCUCUUCUACCGUUCUCUUCUUCCUCUUAUUCUUUGGUCUUUCAACUUCCCUGUUUGAUUUCUACACAUAUAACUUCAGAUUUUUCCUAACUGUCAAUGCGUAUUCUGUUUUCAGCUAUAUUUUUAUUUCAAUGUUUCUACAUUAAUGAGUGAAAAUCUAUUCUAUUGCUUACAACUUUCGCGCUAUUUGUACCCUCUGCAGCAGUUUUUUUUCCGUGACACCUCGUUUUCUUCCGUUCGUGACGCACAUGUGCGCUCUGGUCAAGUCAUCAUCUUUCAAUUCUGAAUGUUUUUGUAUGCUGAAAAUGGUUAAUAGUCAUAAAAAUCAUUGCUGUUUCGAAUUUCGCUUCUCGUAAUCUUCCUUUGACGACUUCAUUAGGUAAGAUUUAUAUUUAUUUUACGGUAAUUGAGACAUGUUAUAUUCCUUAAAUUACUUCACUAAAUCACUGUAGAUGAUAUAUUACGAUUAUUACCACCGUUGGAGAACUUGUACUGGGACCUAUGUUGUGAAUUCCAAAGAAAUAAUUGGAAAUAGGUUUCAGGCGAUAAUUACACCAGAAAUGCUGGCUACAACGGAUGUUGUUAAUUCCUUUAACUGUGUUUGUCGUAAGGCAAGGAACAUUCGCAUAAAUGAAUUGCUGGUAUCUCUCCAGAACAGGAACAAAAUCAGUCAAGUUUCCCGCAGAAGUUUCACACAAUUACUUUCGGGAUAGCUAUAAAAUCGAGAACGAGGACAGAACGCUCAUAUCUCUGGAAAAAAAGAAUAGCCAUUAAAUCUACGUUUUACUCCAAACUUUCCCACUAUAGCAUCGUAAUUACAUCUCUGUUAAGUUUAAUUACAACGAUCUUCCAAGUUUCAUAAAUGGAAUCCGAACCUCGUAGACGCAUCGUUGGCUGUGGCGCUUUCAGACUGAAGUGAUUAGGCUGGGACAGUGAGAAGUUUGCGCGCCAUGUAUAUAGUUCCAUCUUCUUCAUUGCCGCCGUAGCCGUUGUGUUCGGUGAGGACGCAGAACUAAAGACAAUUCAGUUCAUGGACGCAAUUAACAUUUACCCGCUAAUGCUUAAACUAAAUCUGUGAGUGUAAGUGAAAAACGAUUCUGGUCUACUUUUGGAUCUAAAGAGGUGAAGCAUACAUACAAUUUACAAACAUUUAUCUGUACGUAAGACUGUCGACAAACAUUUAUCUGUACGUAAGACUUUCGAAAAUAGACACUGUGGACGGUGGACGAUUUUAUGAUAUAGUCAUAUGUAUAUCAAGUGAAAUGCGAAAAAAAACUCUUCCAUCCUCAUGUUAAUACAACUGAAUAUGUAAGUGAUGCAGCAGAUGACUCUGAAGAUAUCAUUAUUUAAAUGUUUCUUAUUUUUGAUUUCAACGUUCUGUACGUUUCCUUUGGCAAAUAAACUACCUAAAACACUA